AUCCUGGGGCCACCCGAGUUAAAGGGGGGAAAUCCGGGGGCUGCCACCGCCGCCACCGGUCAGGGCCCAGCCGGGGGCCCCCGAAAUCGCUGCAGUCCCGGGUGGAGGUGCCUGCCCCCAGCGCGGGGGAGGGGGCGCCGCGGGCCCGGGGAGCACGGAUCACCCCUACCCAUGAGGCCCUGAUGGAAAACACAAAGGAUCUGAGUCGGCAGAGACAUUAGAGGUCACCCCAAGCCGCCGUCCCCUCUGCAGCCUCUCUGACAAGUGACUGAACAUUCUUCACGAUCUGAAAGGAAGAGAAGAGACUCAUUCGGGAUGUUCGACGGUUAUGAUAGCUGCAGUGAGGAUACAAGUAGCAGCUCCAGCUCGGAGGAGAGUGAAGAAGAAGUUGCUCCUUUACCUUCACAUCUCCCAAUUAUCAAAAACAAUGGCCAGGUCUACACAUACCCAGAUGGUAAAUCUGGAAUGGCUACCUGCGAGAUGUGUGGAAUGGUUGGUGUGCGAGAUGCUUUUUAUUCUAAAACAAAGCGUUUCUGCAGCGUUUCAUGUUCACGAAGUUACUCGUCAAACUCCAAGAAGGCAAGCAUUUUGGCCAGACUUCAGGGUAAGCCUCCAACAAAGAAAGCAAAAGUUCUUCAGAAACAACCUUUAGUUGCUAAGUUAGCAGCAUAUGCUCAGUAUCAAGCAACGUUGCAAAAUCAAGCAAAGACAAAAGCAGCAGUCUCCAUGGAAGGUUUCAGCUGGGGUAACUACAUCAAUAGCAAUAGCUUCAUAGCAGCUCCAGUUACCUGUUUUAAACAUGCACCCAUGGGGACUUGCUGGGGUGAUAUCUCAGAAAAUGUGAGAGUAGAAGUUCCCAAUACAGACUGCAGCCUACCUACCAAAGUCUUCUGGAUUGCUGGAAUUGUAAAACUAGCAGGUUACAAUGCUCUUUUAAGAUAUGAAGGAUUUGAAAAUGACUCUGGUCUGGACUUCUGGUGCAAUAUAUGUGGUUCUGAUAUCCAUCCGGUUGGUUGGUGUGCAACCAGUGGAAAACCUCUCGUCCCUCCCAGAACUAUUCAACAUAAGUAUACAAACUGGAAAGCUUUUCUAGUGAAACGACUUACUGGUGCCAAAACACUUCCACCUGAUUUCCCACAGAAGGUUUCAGAAAGUAUGCAGUAUCCCUUUAAGCCUUGCAUGAGAGUAGAAGUGGUUGACAAGAGGCACUUGUGUCGAACUCGAGUAGCAGUGGUGGAAAGCAUAAUUGGAGGAAGAUUAAGGCUAGUGUAUGAGGAGAGUGAAGACAGAACAGAUGACUUCUGGUGCCAUAUGCACAGCCCGUUAAUCCAUCAUAUCGGCUGGUCUCGAAGUAUUGGUCAUCGAUUCAAAAGAUCUGAUAUUACAAAGAAACAGGAUGGACAUUUUGAUACACCACCACAUUUAUUUGCUAAGGUAAAAGAAGUAGACCAGAGUGGGGAGUGGUUCAAGGAAGGAAUGAAAUUGGAAGCUAUAGACCCAUUAAAUCUCUCUACAAUAUGUGUCGCAACCAUUAGAAAGGUGCUGGCCGACGGAUUCCUGAUGAUUGGGAUCGAUGGCUCAGAAGCAGCAGAUGGCUCUGACUGGUUCUGUUACCAUGCAACCUCUCCUUCUAUUUUCCCUGUCGGUUUCUGUGAAAUUAACAUGAUUGAACUUACUCCACCCAGAGGUUACACAAAACUUCCUUUCAAAUGGUUUGACUACCUCAGGGAAACUGGCUCCAUUGCAGCACCAGUAAAACUGUUUAAUAAGGAUGUUCCAAAUCACGGAUUUCGUGUAGGAAUGAAAUUAGAAGCAGUAGAUCUCAUGGAGCCACGUUUAAUAUGUGUAGCUACAGUGACUCGAAUUAUCCAUCGUCUCUUGAGGAUACAUUUUGAUGGAUGGGAAGAAGAGUAUGAUCAGUGGGUAGACUGUGAGUCCCCUGACCUCUAUCCUGUAGGGUGGUGUCAGUUAACUGGAUAUCAACUACAGCCUCCGGCAUCACAGUCUUCAAGAGAAAGCCAGUCAGGUUCAUCAAAACAGAAGAAAAAGGCAAAGUCCCAGCAAUACAAAGGACAUAAGAAAAUGACUACGCUGCAGCUGAAGGAGGAGCUGCUGGAUGGGGAGGAGUACAGUUUCCUCCAAGGAGCAUCUGAUCAGGAAAGCAAUGGCUCUGCCAACUUCUACAUCAAACAGGAGCCCUGA